UUGAGCCUUCCCUCGGCGCCGCGAGGUUUUUUUUUGUUGCCCGCCCGCGCCGCGCCAGGCUGAGGGUGCACGUCGCCGGCGGACCGUCCUGGAGAGGGGGCCGAUCGGAGGAGGAGGAGCAGCGGGCGUCUUCCUCCACCUGGCACCGCAGUGGGAUCAGGGCAAAGGGGGAGAGUGGGAUGACAAGGGAACGCAGACCACAAGUCUGGAGAGAAAACCUACGGCUUCCUCAAUAUGCGGCUUCGAUAACGCUGCUGGCACAUGACGAGCAACACAACAUUAACACUUGCCUAUUGGCGCAAGCGUAUGCUCGCUCACGGCAGGCCGCAUGCAGACACAACAGCCCUCAGAGCCGAGACCGCAGAGAAGCAAGGCCUCGGGCCCGACACAACAAGUGACAAAAACAGCCUGCGCGGCAGGAAAGCUGCUCGCGCGCAGGAAGCCCGACUCCGCAUUAGGCGCCCUCACCGCUCCGGCGCCACUGGCCCCCCCCCGCAGGGCGCCACGGGCCCGGGGUGCCGCCGCCCCGCCCGCCCGCCGCCCUGCGCCGCGGGGGCGGGCGCCGGC